UCUUUUUCUCUUUUACAAUUAUUGAAAUUCCUUCUCUUUUCGGACAACCACACAAGCAAUUUCUUUGGAGAAACUAUUACGAUAUAAUGGUGUAUAUAUAUAUGCAUCAGUAGGGGGGCCUCUGCUUGUUAUUAGCCUAUUAUCUCACCUCUGCAUUUUCCCCUGUAAACACAUAUACUGUUUGUUCUUUCUCCUCCUUCGUAUUUCCCUUUCCCUACAUACCUAGGCUUAAUAGAGUGACAUUCAUGGAAGCUUCACACCCUCUUUCAAUUGAAAGCUUUUCAUACAGUUGGUUAGUGAACCUAAAACCAUCUCUAGAAAGCCUAGAGAACUCCUGCAGGGCCUCACUUGACGCGUCCGAUGAAGCUUCAUUCAUCGAGAUGGAUCCAAGAAUGACACCCUCCAAGAGAUUCUUCAGAAACUCUCAGGAUUUCAAAUUUGACUUCCCUGCUGCUGCUGCACAAUCUCCUCUCACUCUUGUUCAUGCUGACGAGCUCUUCUCCAAUGGCUAUGUUAUGCCUCUCUUUGUCGACCCUUUGCAGAUGGACAUGGAGGCAUGUUAUGAUGAGGCCUCAGAUUCGAGUAAUCCCACCAUGCCAUCAUCCUCUUCCCAUGCACCAAAAGUUCUUGUUCCAGAUGAUAAUAUCAAUCCUUAUUGCUCUUCCUCUAGAAGGUGUCGAAGACUAUCAAAGCACAUCUUUCAAAAGUACUUGGAUUUUCUUAGGCCCUUGUUGAGAAGACUAAGAGGAAACAGAUCAACUUCCAAGGCUGCAAGUGUUGAUAAAAGAGUUCAUAAGGUGGUGAAGAACUGGAUGUACUCGUCCCAAGCAUCUCCAAGGAUAAGUGUAGCUUACUCAGUCGAUGAUUGGCGCAAGUCUUGUGAUUCUGAGAGCUCAAUUUAUGAGGCAGUGCUCCAUUGCAAAAGAUCCAUAGAAAAAUUGAAUUGAGGGUGUUGUACAAAGCAAAGAAAGGAAGAGAGCAAGAAGGGGAAAGAAAUGGAAAGGAGCCAUCCAAGAGGGCACAUGGAAACAGAGGAAAUGUGAGGUGACAAGAGCAUCAUCAGCCACAUGUUCUUUGUCCAUUUCCCCUAUCUUUCUGGGAUGAUAAUGUAAAUUUUUUGUCCUACAAGGGAGUAGAAGCUGUGUAAAGGGUCUGCUAUGGAAAUUUUGGACUUAAGGGAGGAGGAAAAAGGAAAAGGAUACAUUGCAAUUUUUGUAUUUGUCUUUUUCAUUAUGGGAGGAACACUUCCUAUUGCAAAGAAUCUGCCUCCCUUAUUCCCGUGAUGUUUUUAUUUAAUGAUAAAAGUAGACUUACUUAA